GAUAUUAAUUAAACACCCACCCUCCCUCCCAACUCCAUUUCUCCCUCACUCUCUCCUCCCUUCCCAAAAACUUUCUCACCAGCCAAACACUUGUUAUUCUCAUUUUCCGGGAAAAAACACCUCCCAUCUUAUGUUCCAGUCCCAUCUCAAUAACAUAUAUAACCAACAAAUUAAAGUGAUAAGUUAAUUCAUGGAGGACUCACCCUCCUCAGCCUCAGAGGACGACACACAGGUGGCCACUCCCCUGCCCAAGAAAAGGAGGGGAGUGCAGAAGAGGGUGGUGUCAGUACCGAUCGGUGACGUGGAGGGAUCCAAGAGCAAAGGGGAGGGGCAUCCACCGUCGGAUUCUUGGGCCUGGAGAAAGUACGGCCAAAAGCCCAUCAAAGGCUCUCCAUAUCCCAGGGGAUAUUAUCGAUGUAGUAGUUCCAAAGGAUGCCCUGCAAGAAAACAAGUGGAGAGAAGCCGUCUGAACCCCACAAUGCUCAUAGUCACCUAUGUUUGUGACCACAACCACCCCAUGCCCACCACCAAAGCCAACCAAUCCUCCUCUGUAACCCCCACCACCAUCACCGCUACCGCUACAUCACCCACCACCGAAUCCGAACUUCCGGCCAAAACCGAGGAGCUCACAAUCUUCACAAGCCAAGUCGACCUUGAUCUCAGCGACGACUCGCCCACAUUACUUAGCGACUUUGGUUGGUUUAAUGAUGCGGCAUCAACAGUUGUACUGGAAAGUCCAAUUUGCUUAGGAAAUAGUAGUUGCAUGAAUAAUGAUGUGGCGACGAGGUUGAAAGACGAGGACGAGUAUUUGUUCGCUGAUCUCGGCGAGUUACCCGAGGGUUCAGUGAUUUUCCGGCAUAGGAAUAGGAUGGUGGAAUCAGACGACCAAAAUCGGAGAUGUAGUUUAAGUGCGGUGGUUCCCUAUUGUAGUAAUACAGGAUAAGACUGUAGGACUAGUUGGUAGCUUCGUUACGACAGUGAAACCCUUCUCGAGUAAUGUUAAAGCCAGGAACCACAUUUUCUAACCACAGUUGGCCAUAUGAAAUGGUUAUUACAUCCAUUAUGAUGACUGAGGCUAGUUACACAUAUUAACCGUGGCUUAAAAAAUGUGAUCUCUUUGUAUUACUCGAGAUCGAGGGUGAAAUGGUUAUUACAUCCAUUAUGAUGACUGAGGCUAGUUACACAUAUUAACCGUGGCUUAAAAAAUGUGAUCUCUUUGUAUUACUCGAGAUCGAGGGUGAAUAUAACUUUUUCUAAUACUAAUUAGCCAAGAACAGUCAUUUUUAAAGGGAGGUGAUUUUCACACUCCUUAUUUACAUCUCCUUUUUAAUAAUUUUUUAGUGUGUGUGAAAGGUCCAAGGAUAAAUUAGAUUCUCAUUCCUCA